UCGCCUUCGCUUCUCCGCUCCUCAUCUAAACAGUCCGCGCAGAAAGAAACACCGCCGUCCCGCGGGCAUGAAGUGUCUGAACAACCGGGCCGAGAGCCACCUGACCGGGCGAGUGGAGUGCGAGAUGGACGGCGUGGUCAACGGAGCCUGGGUGAACCAGGGCUACUGCGGCUCCCCUCCGAUCUUACCCCGGGUUGUCAGCACCGUGUACAACCCCCAGCCCCUCUUCCAGGGCUCCAUGGAUAGCUUGUAUAAACUGGACACCCCGGGCCCGUUCCCGGAGGAACCGCGACCCGCCGUCGAGAGUCCGACGAAGGAACGAAGAGGCUGCUGCUCUCUUGUCAAAGGUUUGUGGGGCACAACGUUGACCGAAAACACCUCCAACAACAGAGAACUGUUUGUCCGAACCACGCUACGGGAGUUACUGGUCUAUGUGGUGUUUCUAGUCGAUAUAUGCCUCCUGACGUAUGGUAUGACCAGCUCGAGCACCUACUAUUACACCAAAGCCAUGACGGACCUGUUUGUGAACACGGCCGGUGAAAGCGGGGUUAGGUUUCAGUCUGUUGGCUCCAUGGCCGACUUCUGGACCUACGCCGAGGGCCCGCUGCUGGAUGGCCUCUACUGGACGAAAUGGUACAACAACCAGUCCAUGGACAGCGGGAACCAGUCUUUCAUCUACUACGAGAACAUGCUGCUGGGCGUCCCCAGGAUGAGGCAGAUCAAGAUCAAGAACAACUCCUGCAAGGUCCACAAAGACUUUGAAGACGAGAUCACGGGAUGUUUUGAUGUGUACAACGAGAAAAAGGAGGACGACCUCAGCUUCGGUCUCAUCAACGGCACCGCCUGGACGUACCACACGGAGAAAGAGAUCAAGGGUUCCUCUCACUGGGGCUUACUGACCACCUACAGCGGAGCAGGGUACUACCAAGACCUGGGUAAGACCAAAGAGGAGAGCGCCGUCAUACUGACGGAGCUGAUAGACAACCUCUGGCUGGACCGAGGAACCAGGGCGGCCUUCGUCGACUUUUCCACGUACAACGCCAACAUCAACAUGUUCUGUGUCAUCAGGUUGGUGGUUGAGUUCCCAGCGACGGGUGGAGCGAUUCCUUCCUACCAGAUCAGAACAGUCAAGCUGAUUCGCUACAUCACCUACUGGGAUUUCUUCAUCCUGGGCUGCGAGAUGGUCUUCUGCGUAUUCAUCUUCUACUACGUGGUGGAGGAGAUCCUCGAGCUGCGCAUACACAAGUUCUCCUAUUUCAAAAACAUCUGGAAUAUACUGGACAUUGUUGUAAUAAUGCUCGCUAUUGUUGCCAUCGUAUUUAAUAUUUUCCGGACUGUCAAAGUUGACAAGUUGCUUGGCUCUCUGCUGGAGCAGCCCGACAUCUACGCUGAUUUUGAGUUCCUGGCAUUCUGGCAAACUCAGUAUAACAACAUGAACGCCGUGAACCUGUUCUUUGCGUGGAUCAAGGUGUUCAAGUACAUCAGUUUUAAUAAGACGAUGACUCAGCUGUCCUCCACGCUGGGCCGAUGCGCUAAAGAUAUCCUGGGAUUCGCCAUCAUGUUCUUCAUCGUGUUCUUCGCUUACGCUCAACUUGGAUAUUUGCUCUUCGGAACCGAGGUCGAAUCCUUCAGCACAUUCGUAAAGUGCAUCUUCACUCAGUUCAGAAUCAUUCUCGGAGACUUUGACUAUGAUGCCAUUGACCGUGCUAACAGAGUUCUGGGGCCAAUCUACUUCGUCACUUAUGUCUUCUUUGUUUUCUUUGUUCUCCUGAACAUGUUCCUGGCCAUCAUCAAUGACACAUACUCGGAGGUUAAGGAGGAGCUCUCAUCCCAGAAAGAUGAGCUGCAAAUUACCGACAUCAUCAAACAGAGCUACUUGAAGACGUUUAUGAAGCUGAAACUUAAAAAGGAGAAAAUAUCAGAUGUCCAGAAGGCUUUACGUUCUGGAUCUGGAGAAAUCGAAUUCAAGGACUUCAGAGAAACUCUCAAAGAGAUGGGACACGCCGAUCACGAAAUAUCUGCGGCCUUCUCGAAGUUCGACCGCGACGGGAACCACAUUCUGGAUGAGGACGAACAAGAGAGGAUGAAAAUCGAGCUGGAGGAGAAAAGGGAUGCUCUGAGUGCUGAACUCAACAACAUGGGAAUGAACUACAACAAAGAGUUACUGGAGAAGCCUGCGGCCACAUCCAACGAGGCAAAGAACCCCUCUGGUCCAACCUUCGUGGAUCGAGAAGAGUUUCUACGGCUGGCCAGACAGGUGCUCAGCCUUGAAAGCUCUGUAGCCGGAAUCACAUCCAGGAUUGAGCUGAUUUUGGAGAAACUGGGAUUACAAGAGAAAGCGAAGGAGAACCAAACUGAUCGUGAUAGCGAUGGCUCAGCCUCAGACGGCGCCGUCCUGGUGUGCGUGGACAGGGCAACCACGGCCAAUCUGUCAUCCCGGAGACCACCGACUCACCCUAACUCCACGGACAACUUCCACAUGUGAUCAACCUCCCGAGGAAACAGAAGCGCAGGUUACCUGGAAAUCAGACGACACUUUACAACGUUCACAAUCCAGCCCGGUGAAAAAAUAUCAAUUAUCACCCGAUAACAACCCACUUACAGUCGUUAGACGUGGGAACAUCCACAGUUACAUUCAUUACAUGGAAAUAUGUAAAUACUGUAUAAAUGUUUUUUGCUUCCUAGUUGACUGCACUAGAGCUAACAUGAGAAACUAUUUAAGCUCAGAUACAUAUAUAUAUUUAAAGAAGACUUUAUGUAAAUCAUUAGUAUUGUGUAUUAUGGACAUACUAUGUCAACAGUGGGUUAGUUAAGUUUGUUAUAUAUAAUCCAAAAUUAGCAUCUAAGUGAAUAUUAGCAUUGCUUUAGUCACUUUAAUGUUAAUCAAUGUUCUGCUACAGCUUUUCCACCAAAGUGGUUCAGUUAUUAUCAUUCAUCGACCGUGAGCUGAUGAAGCAGUAUUGACCGCUCUUCAUUCAUACUCCCAUAUUUAAACAUAAAACAACCCGAUCUGUAACUUUAUUAUAGAGUAGUCGGGUUGUUUUUCUUUCUUUUUGAUCAAAUGCGUAAGAAGCACGUGCUGUAGUAUAUUUAACAGAGAGUAUACACGUCAGUACCUCGGUUAUUUAAAUGUCUGUUUAACGCGGUGUACGUGAGCUUUGCCGUCUGCACAAGUGUCCAAUAAACGCACUUAACGACGAGGUUCAAAUGUUUCUUUAUUUGAAGCGUCUCACUGAGUUUUUUUCUUUUUUUUUUUUAACCCCCGUUACACGGAAAAAAACAAAAAAAAAAAAACAAACAAGUGAUUUCAUCCUUUAUUAUUAAACAUCACUUUCGUUGUUCAACUUAUUUGUAUAGUCAUGAAAAGCGAAAUUGCCGUUACAUUCAAUGUUUGAAGCAACACAUAUAUUACACGUCAGAAAGCGUGCAGUUCAAGCCGAUGCGUCACCUGCUUCCUGCUACACCCUGAAAAUGGCACACAAACUUAAAAAAAAAAGAAAAAGAAAGAAAA